AUGUAUUUUGAUGGUGGAUAUUUCUUGGGAAUUCCUGAUUAUAUUGAAAAAUUGCAAGAAAAAGAAUAUGAUUUUGAUGAGUCAAAUUUCAGAACUCCAAUUAGAAAACCAAGAAAUCAAGAUCUAACAUACAGUGAAGCACAAUAUAAUGAAGAAUUUGGUGCUUUUCGUGGUAUGAUUGAAACAUUAUUCUCUCAUAUUGGUGAGAAAUUCAAAUUUUUCAAUCCUCAUUCAGUUGCUAAAAUGAGUGGAGAUUUGGAAAAUGUGUGGAAUUUAAAAUUUAAAAUUGCAUUUGUGUUGUUUGACAUUCAUAGAUUCGUAGAAAAAUAUAAUAUUCAAUUAUUAGAUCACCACAAGGAAUGGAUGCGUUCAGACUUUGAUUUUCCUAUAGAAAAGCCAAAAUUAUUAAGACCCUCUGUUAAUGUUGUCCGUCAAAAAGAAUAUGCAGAGGAAAAAAGAAAAGCUCAAUGUAACCUUAUUGCUAAAAUGUUGACAAUGAGUGACACUGAAUUAAUGACACUAUCAACUCGUGAAAUUCUAGAAUAUUCACAUAAUUCUAAUCCAGUACAAGUCGGUGAUGAAGGAUCAGAAAGCGGCUCGGAUAAUGAACUUCCAAGAAAUCUACAAGAAAGUGCUUCUGAUAACGAAGGAUCUGAGAGCAGUUCUGAUAAUGAAAGAUCCAAUUCGCAAGCCUCAAGAUCAAGAUCAGAAAGCGAUUCGGAUAGUGAAGGAUCAGAAAGCAGUUCUGAUAAUGAAGAAAGAUUGAUAUCACCCAGAAAGACACAAUUCCCAAGAAUAACCUCAGGCUCGGAAAGAAGUUCACAAGACUACACACCACAAAAACUUCCACAAAAAACUCCAAAAUCAACUCCACAACCAAGAACUCCACAACCAAACACCCCUAUCCAAAUCCAAAGACCGGCUCUGCAAGCAUCAUUUAAAAAAGUUCAACAGCCAACAAAGAAGAAAACAAACAAACCAAACACUUCGGAACCUUCUUUCGGUAUUGGAAAACGGCAAGCCAAACUAACAGCUGCAUUCACACUCCCACCCACUUGCUUUCUUAAGCUUAUUCAAGUACCUUUUUCGCUGAUCGGAAUGUUCUUGUGGUAA